UACCAAGGUACGCUGAUAAAUCCAAGAUGGCUGACACGCGGGGUCGUGCAUCGUCUCCAAUACGAGCAAGGAACCGUUCUCGAGAUCGAGAACGAGAAAAAGACAAAGAACAGGAAAAAGAGCGAGAAAAAAAUGACCAGAAGCCUACGAUUGAUAGGGAAAAGACCUGCCCGCUGCUUCUCAGAGUGUUUUGUAACCAAGGCCGACAUCACAGGUUAGAUGAAUAUUCCAGGACAGCUUUACCAUCAAACGAACUCCAAGUGUACACAUGGAAAGAUGCAACUUUGAAAGAGCUCAUGAGUCUUGUCAAGGAAGUCAAUCCUGAUGCAAGGCGCAAAGGCACAAUAUUUGACUUUGCCAUUGUAUUUCCAGAUGCUCGUCGUGGUGGAUUCAUCAUGAAAGAAAUUGGUUCAACUGCAGCAGGGCGUAAAGGGGCUGAUGACACUGUCACACUAGAGUCUAAAAAGUUUCAAAUAGGAGAUUUCAUUGAUGUUGCUAUUCAGACUCCAAGGAUGGCAAGAAGAGAUAGACCCUAUUGAUAAUAACACAAACAUUUCUGUGAUUUUUGCUUGUUUGUAGAUAUGUUAAGAUAGGGGGUCUGCAAAGACAUUUCAUGUGUUUUUAUGCAAUAUUGGUGUCUAUGAUAAUUUUGAUAUUUUAUUUUAUUCUUUCUGUGAACUUGAUAUAUUUUCCCCCUUUUUUUGAAAUGUAAUGAAGAAGAAAGGGUGUAUAAAACUGCUAUUCUGAAGAAACAAAUUUCCUCAUGGGUGAAAAAGCUGUCAAUGCCCUAAGUUGUGCAUUUUUACUCUUAGAUCCUCUGAAAUAGAGUUUUGUAACUUUGGAAUAGGUUUUGUUCUCAUCUUAAUAAAACCCAGUUUAAAGCUGA